AUGCUCAUCUUCUUUGUCUUCCCACUUCGUCUACUCUUCCUCUUUCCCCUCUCGCGGCGCAGGUGCCUGGUUGAAUCUGACCCACGUGGCUACUUCUUCAUUAUUCAGGUGUCGUCCAGUUGUGCCAAGGGCCAGUUCACAUGUUCGAAUCUCGAAUGCCGUCCGGCAAACAAAUUUUGCGACGGCGUUCCUGAUUGCAACGACGCUUCAGACGAGGAUCCCCUACAUUGCAUUCAUUUCCUCUGGAUUCUGUUAAAGCGAGUCUACGAAGCGGCAGAGGGCGGAAGCCGACAGGGUUCCAUAUCGGCCAGUGGCCAAAUGGCGAAAGUCUGA